UGAAACGGUUCGGAAAAGUCGAAAAAGGGACUCCGCAUUGUUUUUCGCCAAAAAUUCGUAGAAAACACACGCAAAAAGCAUUAAAAGUGGCAAAACUAAACAAACAAUAUACAGUGAACAGUGCUAGUGCAUGGAAAACGAUCGUUAGGAUAGUUGAAAAACAGACGCAAGUGCGAAUUGCGGGCUUUUUUUUGUGGCACAAAGCGGAAAGCGCGCUAAGUGAGCGUGCGAGCGCCUUAAUCGCUGGGAAAUGUAAAUAAAUAAACGUGUGACGCCGCGACAAUUGUGAAAAGUCAACAAACACGCAGUUGGCCAGUGGAAACUACUGGAAAACUAGAGACAAGGAAAACAUUUCCGCGCGGACAGCGAUGGGCGAAGGUGUUCCCAUUUCCAGAAUUCUUAUCGGGCAACGACUGCAGUAUGAUUGAGUUGGCCUCGCCUCCGAUUCCCCGGUUCUGGUUGCGGUACGCCAAUACCGAUACCCGGUUCGACUCGAUUCGGGUGGACCUGUGAUGGUCUAGUGCGAUACCCAGUUCGCAAUUCGCUGGAAGGGCCAGGGGUAUGGAACAUGCCCGUGGAUAUGCAUAAGAACGUAUCUGUUCAAGUCGAUAGUGAUUUUGCCUUAUUGCUACCCAGUGGAGUUUAUGAAAUCAAGAAAAUGGAACCGCGCUCCAAAAUACGAACAAUCAUUGUAUUUUGUCUCUUUCUGGCCAUCGCCGGUAUCAUCGGAUUCGGUUACUUUUGUCAAGAUCAGGUAUGCGCCCUAUCCAAACGCGCCGUGAUACUGCAAUCCUCGGAUAUCCUCGCCUAUAAUGAGCUCCCACUCCAUCAGGCCAACAGCAUUAAUGGCAACAAUGUGGGCGGCAUCACGGCCAUGGCCUCCAAGUCCUCCGCCCCGCAGAACAUCAUCGCCAAUGCCGGGCUGAGCUACGAGGAUGUGCUGAACGAUGAUUUUCAGUUCGACAUGGAUGGCCACGACGUGAUGGUCUUCCUGCACAUCCAGAAGACGGGCGGCACCUCCUUUGGCCGCCAUCUGGUGAGGGAUCUCGACCUGAAGCGCCCCUGUGAGUGCCAGCGGCAGAGAAAGCGCUGCUACUGCUUCCGGCCGCAUCGCAAUGAGAACUGGCUCUUCUCCCGCUACUCGACGGGCUGGAAGUGCGGUCUCCAUGCCGACUGGACGGAGCUGACCAGCUGCGUGGACGUGGAGCUGGACAAGAAUGAGGGCGAGACGGCCAAGCGGCGGUACUUCUACAUCUCGCUGCUGCGCCAGCCCAUUGCCCGCUACAUGUCCGAGUAUCGGCAUGUGAGAAGGGGCGCCACCUGGAAGGGAUCGCGCCACUGGUGCCUGGGUCGCCAGGCCACCGCCGCCGAGCUGCCCGCCUGCUACAAGGGCAAGGAUUGGCUGGAUGUGGAUCUCGAUCAGUUCGCCGGUUGUGAGUCCAAUCUGGCAGCCAACAGGCAGACCCGCAUGCUGGCGGAUCUCGCUUUGGUCGGCUGCUAUAAUAAGUCAUCGAUGCCCGCCCAUGAGCGGGAUCGGGUGAUGCUGGCCAGCGCAAAGCGCAAUCUGGCCGCCAUGGCCUACUUUGGACUGACUGAAUAUCAAAAGAUGUCCCAGUACAUAUUUGAGGAGACCUUCAACCUGCGCUUCGCCAUUCCCUUCGAGCAGCACAACACCACCAUCUCGGCGACUGCUGUCCAGAAUCUUCGACCCGACCAGAAGCGUCGUAUCGAGAAGCUCAACGGCCUGGACAUCGAGCUGUAUGCCUUUGCCAAGACUUUGCUCUUUCAGCGUUUCGCACAUCUGAAGGCAAAGGACACAAACUUUGAGCAGCGCUAUGCCAACCUGGGCAACAUCUACUUCAAGCAGGGCGUCACGGAAUUCAACUGGGACAGCAAUGUGGAGGAUGGGCUCAGCACGGAUCAUUGAACUCGAAACCAAAUAUUACCGAUUAGAAACUAGCUGUAGGACACACACCAACUCAUAAAUAUGUAGCUGGGCAGGGCAGGUUAGAAAGGGGCGGUCACUAAGGUCACCGAAACGCAGAAGCAUCAGCAUAAAAAUCAACCGAAGGACUUUAAACUAGCGUCUAAGCAUAAUGUUAAUUAAGCAGACAAAAAACAUCUAGCGGACUUGGCUUGUUUCAUUCAUACAUAAGUAACACAACUAAAAUAGAUGAGCAAAAUCUCAGAGCGCAUAUUAUCUCUAAACCUAAUCCUAAGCACAACUAUGAAAUCCAUGACCGUAACUGUACUCCCUGCUGAUAAGUCGCACCAUGGUAAUCCUUAGAAAAUGUAAAUACUUUGCAAAAUAUGUGUAUUUUAUAAAAACAAAAUAUUGUGAGGUGCCAGCACACUCGAAUUGAAACUUCACCUUCACAGCGCAUCUAAACCACACCGCCAUAAAUUAGAUUAAUUAAUUAAUUUGUAAUUUGUAGAUUUUCGUUUAUUGUUACGCCAAGUCUCUGCAAAGCCAAAUCCACACACUUAGUCUAAGUGCAUAGUGCUUGGGAAAUGUUUUCGAUCCAACAACGCAUUUAUUUUAUUUUACUACUUAGACUUCACUGUAAAUACAGCAGAAUAAAGUUAAACACAAUCAAUUUAAGUAAGAGCAUAGGAAUGCAAUUAGUUUCGUCUACUCUAUUAUUUUGGCCAGUUAAAGUGAACAUAUGUAGAACUGUUAGCAGACAUCAUUAUUUCAGACAAUAAUUAAUUGGAUAUCGAUAGCGAGCGAAAUUGCAAACUUUGAUCAAACAACAAAGCCAACGAAAUACACACAAAGCCAAUUGCCUAAAUCAUUAAAGAGCAUAAACACAUUGCCCAUGACAAAAGUUAUGUAAAAUAUUUCAAAUAUUAAUUAAUUGCAUAAUAAUCUAUGGGGCGUGUGCCAUUUUAUAUAGCAACCAUAAAUGAAACUAUGGAAUUGCAAAUUUCAAGCAGGUUCACAAAAACAAUUUUAUUUGCAUUUUCAUGAUUUUGAGAGAAAAGCAAAAACCACUUUGUAGUGAACACACAAAGAAAAUGCAAACACAACAAAUAAAAGCAGGUAAAAUUG